AGUACACACAGAAUGCUCGGAUCAGUUCAACAAUUUUCAAUAUUACUACCUUUAAAAAAGGCACUGCUUCGCCAUGUAGGGCUCGCUUUAUCUGCGGGAUUAUUUUCGGAGCUUUAGCAAUCAUCACGUAUCGAUUUGUCAACAUCUCGUCAUUUUUAAAUAUAUCAAAUUUGUUAUUAACAAUAAGUUAUACUCUCGCAAAGUUUGGCCACACCUAGAUCCUGUCCUAUUUUCACAAAAAAAGCAGGCUUUUCUUCUAGUGCAUUUGUUUGUGUGCUGGUGGGUACCCGGCUGUGUAACUUGAUCGGGAGCUCGGGGAAGGAAUAGGGGAAUGUAGAACUGCAAUGGAGCAGAAUACAAUACAGUGGUUGCGCUCGCCCUCCUGUCAGCGGGGAAGUUAUUCCUUCUAUAAAUCUGUGAGCUGCAGGGCCCAUCCCGACGGGCCCCUCCAGGUGUGGCGGCUCGGAGAGUUCUACUACGUCCGCCGUGGCCCCCAGGAGCCUGUGUGCAUCGCUGAGGUAACACUGCUGUGGGAGGAGCAGGGACAGCACCCCCUGCUGGCCAGCUCCAGACUGUACUUCCUCCCUGAGGACACUCCUAAGGGAAGGACAAGACAGCAUGGGGAGGACGAGGUGCUGGCCGUGUGUAGGAGGAUAGUUGUCCCGGUGGAGGACCUUAUGCGCUGGGCGUGUCCUGAGCCCGUGGCGUGGCAGAACCAGAAGAGGCCCUGUAGCAGUAGCCCAGCACCGGACCUCCCCCUGGAGAACCCGGGCAGCGGAACCACAGAAGAACCGACCAGCCAGUCGCUAGACCAGGGCAGCGGAACCGUAGCAGAACUGACCAGUGGUACCACAGCAGAACUCACCAGUGGUACCACAGCAGAACUCACCAGUGGUACCACAGCCGAACUGACCAGUGGUACCACAGCCGAACUGACCAGUGGUACCAUAGCAGAACUCACCAGUGGUACCACAGCGGAACUGACCAGUGGUACCACAGUCGAACUGACCAGUGGUACCACAGCAGAGCUCACCAGUGGUACCACAGCCGAACUGACCAGUGGUAUCAUAGCGGAACCGACCAGCCAGACACUUGUAGAUCGGGCCAGCAGUACCACAGCAGAACCGACCUGCGGAACCACAGCGGAACCAACCAGCGGUUCCACGUCGGAACUGACCAGCCCGCCACUGGGAGACCCGAGCUGCGGAACAGCAGCAGAACCGACCAGCCACCCACCUGGGGGCCAGUGCAAUGCAGCCCCCGUGGAUCCCCAGGGGGUCAAGGUGCUCAGUUACCCCCAAUACUGUCGCUUCCGCUCCCUGCAGCGGCGGCUCCAGGACCGGCCGGGGGUCUUGGGCGGGGCCGACCCCCGCCUGCUGGCGCUGGGCGGCCUGCGGGUGGCGCUGUCCAACACCCGGGUGAUGUUCUGCCGCGAGACCUUCACCCACCCCAGCAUGGACGCCAGCUCCGCCCUCUGGCCCCACUUCAGGUGCCCCUCUUUGAGUUUACGGGGUCGACCGCGCAAGAAGAAACAGAGGGAUGUAAAGGAAUCACCCACGCUCACCCGCAGCCAAUCAGAAUCCUGGAUAGACAAAAUGAAGGAGAACAUGAUGGGCAGCGCGGACGCCAGCCCGGAGAGGGCCUGGCUCCCUCACCCCGAGGAGCAGCUGUUCCUGGAUCAGCUCUUUGUCUUCAUGGAGCGCUUCGGCCGCCCCAUCAACAAGGUGCCCAACCUGGGCUUCAAAAAGAUUGAUCUGUUCCGCAUGUACUCGGUUGUCCAGGGAAUGGGAGGCUACGAAAAGGUGACGUCAGAGCGCCUGUGGAAGGUGGUGUACAACGACCUGGGCGGUUGUCCUGGCAGCACCAGCGCGGCCACCUGCACCAGGAGACACUAUGAGAGACUCAUGCUGGGCUAUGAGGAGCACGUCCGGGCAGGGGGCGCAGGACUCAAACUCCCAGAAUCCCCUGCUCCGACAAAGUUCAAGGCCGUCAGAGGGAAGAAGGCCCAGCCGAGGGGCCGGAAGCCCGGGGCCAAAGCGAAGCAGAGUGCCUACCAACCCGCCAAAGCCCCUGCUGUGAACCCCGACGGGACGGCGGUGGUGAAGCGGGGUCGCGGCCGCCCCCCCGGCCGACGCAACAAGGCCACCCUCCUGGCCCAGGCCAAGCUCCUGGCCCAGCAGCAGGCCAAGGCCAAGGCCGCGGUCCCCCCCUCCUCCUCCUCUUCCCCCCCCUCGACUGGCCCCGCCCCCACCCCAGCACCUACGCCAGCAUCCCCGCUAACGGUCCAGAGCCCCCCCCCCAAGCCGGCCCUGCAGGUCCACACCACCCACAUGCCCCUCACCCCGGACCUCUCGCCUCUGACGGCCCCCCUGCUCCCCUUCCUCACCAAACCCGGGCCUCAGGGGAACCAGUGGGCCGCGGACCCCCCGGGGGGGGCGACCGUCACCCCCCUCUCCGCCGGGAGCCUCCUCUCCGGGCCCCCGGGCCAGCCCCUGAUCCUGGGGACCUUCAGCCCCUCGAAGGGCGUCUGUCCCCUGGACACGUUCCGGACCCGGCUCAGCCUGCAUCACGGGGUGGAGGACCCCGCCCUCCACAAGCCCCUCUCCCAAUCGCUGCAGUCGGGGGCGGAGCCCUGCCCCGCGCACAACCACCACCACAACCACCAGCCGUGCGCGGGCUGCGUGGCCGACGGGGCAGCCCAGAAGGGGGCCCCCAAGGAGGGGAAGGCCCGGCCCCCUCUGCCCCCGCUGCGGGUCUUCCCCCUGGACCUGGACUGCAGCGUGCAGGUCCGCCAGCUGAUGAGGACGCCCCUGGGAGCGGUCCAGCUGCAUUCGUUCACCCGCCGGCUCUCUGAGGUGCUGGCCCAGGACCUGAGGGCCAAGCCCCUCCCCCACCCCUGCUCGCCCAUCACGCCCCCGCCGGAGCAGGCCCAGCCCCUCAACCUCAGCCAGCGGGCCCCCGGCAAGAGGCCCGCCGCUCUGUCCCUGGAGCAGACCCCGGCCAAGCGGCCCGCGCCGGGCGACCCGCUGGCCGGGGCCGACGGGGAGGAGUUGGGCCCCGACGGGAGGCCCCUCCCCUCCGGGCCCCCGGAGCCGGGCCCCCAGGAGGAGCCGGCCGACCUCAGCUCGCCCAGCCGGAUCCGGGCCUUCCUGAUGGGCCUGCCGCCCUUCAGCGUCAACCUGGACGACGACCUGGAGGACGCCGGCUCGGCGACGUCACUUCCUGUCCCGCCUCCCGGCGAGGAGGAGGAGGAGGAGCCGAUGGAGGGGGUCGACAGCGACGGGGGCCCCAAGCGGCCGACCGAGGAAGACGAGGGCCCCGACGAGGAGUCGGAGGUCGCUGACGUUCCCCCCCCCCUGCUGGUGGGAGACGACGAGGCGGGGGAGGGGAGGGAGGGAGAGAACUCUGUGAGCCUCUCGCCUGACCGGGACGGGAGCACGGUCGGACAGGAAGUGGCCGAGGACCAAGAGGAAGUGAGGUGUGAGGAUUUCCCCGCUCAGGGUCUGGCCAGGACACUGCUCCCCGCGGUGGUGACUCAGAAGAGCUGAUGGAGCCGGGCGUCCCCCCGCUGGGGUGACCUGGCGCACCGUGACUCUGCUGGGCCUGGACCUACGGGCCGGGCCGGGCCGGGCCGCCCCUUUACUGUGUCAAAACCGGAUUAUACCGGGAACAACCGGGCCCUGAGGACCUGGCGCCCAGACCGACUCUUGCUCUUUGUUUUUGGAGGCGAGAUGAUCCCCCAACGCCGGCUCAUGGUUUCAUUUGCUGGAUUAUUAUUUUUUUGUCCUUCAUCUUGUUUAUUCUGAAAGUAUCUUCCUUCUCUAACCCCCCCCAUCCUCCUCUUUCCCCCUGCAAGGACACUUCUAAAUACUGUUUCAAUAUUAUGUAGAUCAUGAGACCAUCAGAGAAUAUAUAUAUAUAAAUAUAUAUCACUUUGUUAGCUUAUUUGAAUUAUCAUUCCUCUACUUUUGUAGAGAUAAGCUGUUAUUUUCUAACCAAUAGUGUUCAAAAAUGUACAAAUAUUACGCGGGGCUGUACGGCUCUGAUAAACAAUGUAGUGGCAACGUCCGGUUGCAACCAAGAGGUGCAAUACAAUAGCCGACCCUUGGUCUUACACACUCGUGCCUUAAAUCGGGUUGUUCUGGUCCUGUUUCCUGUGAUGUGUUGACUUGUGUUCACGCUAAAGGGAUACCUGUACCUCGGGCUCCUUUCUGUUUCAGUCUCCUUUUGCAUGACACCUGUCCCAUUAAAGAUAGCUUCAUGAUUGAGCGGCUGUUACGCAUCUCCUUCCCGAGUUCACCGCCGGUAUCAGGAAGAAGGGGGAGAGGAAGAGACGAUGAGCAUUCCUGGAAAAUGCUAGCCUAUAACCGUUAUCGUCAUCCGUUUCUGCCCAGCGGCUCUCGUCACUGCAAAGAGUGCCAUCGAGAGAGAGAGAGAGAGAGAGAGAGAUAUUGUGUCUUAUGAGCAGUUGUUGGAGUGUGAAAUACUCUCACGUCCGUUUCGUUUGCCCAGUAGUAGCGGGUAGUUUAAAAACAGCUUUCGUUAAACUAUGAGGGGUGGGUUACGCCCUGGACGCACAAUCUCGGUUCAUUGAAAAAUAUGAAAAUAACUGCCAAAGUAUAUGAGAAGCGUUUAUUUCAACAUUAAUUACUUCUUGACAGGUUUAUGGUUUUAUUUAAUUUUUUUUAAGAGUAUCCGACACUAAAAGCAAAUAUCAUGGAUGUCCCAAAACACAGGUUAUUUUCUGAGGCUCAAACGAACCAUCCGAUCGUUUGUUGUUUUUAUUUGUGUUCAGCUCUGCAACUGAAAUGCUAUUGGUUUGAGUCCAGGUAGUUGGUAAUAAUGGAGGCAUUGGUCUCUAUGGUCGGGAAGAUGGAGGUCGAGCUGUAAGCUUUGUUUUGGAGACCGCCUCACUGUGUCUUUCAUUGUGUCGCUCUCAAACAUCGGAUCCAUUUGCACAUCUACUGUACCCAUUGCCUCAUGUAACGUCUCACUGUAUUUAUAUCAACACACCUUUUUCAUUUGCCAACUUGUUUUUGUAUGCCCACCUAUUUACUCGACUAUAAAACCAUACAAUGACACAAGGCUGACCUUAUGCUGUUAUUUGUCUGUUUAAAUAUUUUAUUUUUUAUUGUUGUAUUAUUUUAAUUAAACCGGAUGCCCAUUCUGCAUCAGCUUGAUUCUAGAACUCUGCCGGUGAUUUGAGAAGUCUUGGAGUUCAAAUGCAUGGGUGUUUUGGGCUUAUUUUUCAAGAUGAGAAACCACUGUUAUUACAUUCAAAAGUAUACGAGAUUAUCUUAAACCACUGGCAGAUCUUUAGUCACAAGAAAAUAAGAAAAUCUAAGAUUUAGCUGAAUUAAAGAAAUAUUGAAAUAUA